UUCCCUUCUAUUUGUCUCUCUCUCCAUGGCAACAAUGGGUAGCACAUCCAAAUUCCAAAUGAGCAGGAAACAAACUCUCUCUUUCAAAUUCCAAAAGAGCAGGAAAUAAUCUCUCUCUAACCCAAAGAAAACCCAUAUUUUAGGUCAAUUCUCAGUACUUGCCUGGACCUGAUUUCAUGACCAUGAGAACCAAAUCUCCUUCAAAGUCCUCCAACUCAAGAGUAAAAUUGAAUCCCAUCACAGAUGAUUCCGCAAUUCAUGUAAUUGCUCGCAUGAGGCGCGAAGCAUCCAACCCAAAUGGCAGCCACACUGAGAUGAUCUCCUCUGACCCUUCAAUGAAAAUCCUCCGAAUUCAGACCGAGGAAUUUUGCCGAGAAUUCCAUCUUGACGGGGUCUCGUUUUCAUCAGAUGAGAAUUUAUGCAUAUUUUAUCAGAAAUAUGUUAAAGACGGUGUACUUUCAGUCAAAGGUGGAGGCAAAUCCACAAUUUUGAUGUAUGGUGCAACAGGGUCCGGAAAGAGUUAUACGAUGUUCGGGUCGGAAGCUGUAGAAGACCCAGGGAUUGCUUUCCUUGCCCUCAAUCUGAUAACACAAGAUUUGGAAGUGAGGAUCAAAGUGGUUGAGAUUUAUAAUGAGGAAAUAUAUGACCUCCUUGCGCCUUCUAUGCCUAAUAGACAUGGGGAAGUUUCAAGGGCUGCACACUUGAAUCGGGGUAGAAUGACAAAAGUCGCUAAUGCUUGCUCGAUUCAUGGGAGCGAUGCUCAAAGAGUUGUGGAAGAGAUUGAGAAAGUGGAGAAAAAACGUAGCACUAGAAGUACAAAUUGUAAUGCAAGGAGCUCUCGGAGCCACUGCAUGAUAAUAAUCGAUGUGCCUCAAGUCGGAGGAAGGUUAACAUUAGUGGACAUGGCUGGUUCGGAGAAUAUAGAACAGGCAGGACAUGCCCAAGGUGCACAGAAUAAAAUGCAGACAGGGAAAAUCAAUCAAGGAAAUGCAGCACUUAAAAGGGUUGUGGAGUCCAUAGCAAAUGGAGGUAGCCAUGUACCCUACAGGGACAGCAAGCUCACAAUGCUUCUUCAGGACUCUUUCCAAGAUGAAAAAUCAAGACUUCUCAUGAUUCUUUGUGCGAGUGCUGAGCCCAAGAAUAUUCAAAAGACAAUUGCAACUUUUGAAUAUGGUUCUAAAGCAAAAUCAAUAGUGAGAUUGCCAGGAUCACCUAUCACACAGAAGCCUGGCGGCCCAGGUGACCAGAGAUCAGUAACAGGGCUCAAAGCUAAAAUCUCUUACAUGGAAACCUUUAUUUCAAAACUUCAAGAAGAGAUAUUGUCUAAAGAUGAGAAAAGAAUGACAGCUGAAGAAGAACUGGCAUAUGAGCGAGACAAAGCAGAAAGGCUGACAAGCUUACUGGUUAGAGAGAGAAACAAGGCAGUUGAAGCAAAUGUUAAGAUGGGUCAAUUUUUCAAUAAAGUUCUCCAUUUAGCCAAUACAAUAGAUAGAAGAGAGAAGAAUUUCAUACACGAAGUCAAACAACAUGUGGAAAAUAUUGAUGAUUAUAUUGAAAAGUUGGAGCAGAUAGCAUCAAAAUUGAUGAGACUUCCUGAACUCCAACAGAUACAACACUCUGAACCAGAGAUAACUAAAGAUGGGUGGCAGGAGAAGGGAGAAAUCAGAGAGGAAAACGGUUAUUACAGAUCAGAGGUAGCAGCUGAUGCUCACCCCUCUCCUUUGCGAACCAAGAAACUAACCCCUUUGAAUAGCUGGGAUGAAGAGAUCCAAUUCUUCAAUAUCGGAGAUCUGAAACAAAAUGAAGUUAUCUGUGGCUCAAGUGAAGAAGAGUUUGAGGACACAUUACCACCCCAAGGAGAAAUUAGUCAGGUGGAUGGUCUGAGAACUCUGUCAAUCAAAGACACCGAGGUAGAAAACCAAGUCGAACAGAUCAAGAAGGAUGAUAACAAAGUACAUGAAGAUAGCGGUAGGCAAUUGCCCAUGCAGGACAGUGUAUCUUCCUUCACGGCACAAGGCUUUCUGGAUCGUGGUCAUUGGGGUGGAGGGUUGUCGUUUACUGGUUGGCUUCCUAGGAUCCCAGAAGGAAUAAAUGAGGGAGAGGACGAUGAUUCCUUAGAAAGUGGAGAAUUGGAGAGGGAAAGAGAUAGACCCAUAGAUUUCUUUGAGCUUCAGAAAGAUGAUAAUUUCAAAGAACUUCGCAAGAAAACUUGCAACUCAUCCGUAACUGAGACAGAGAUGCUUGAUCCCGAAGCUGAAGGGAUUUCCUUGGAGAGAGAUGUGUUAAGUUUCACACAGGCCCAAAGGAAAAAGAACACUGAAUUGCAGAACAGUCAUGAAGUCAGAAGAGAAAGCAAACAUGAGAAGGAUGCUAGAGAUAAGGGGCGGCAGAGUCACUCAGAGGAGGAGGUAGAGUUCUUAGCUAUGCUGGUCGGGUUGCCUCCACUUUCAGGAAAAGAGUCAAAGAGGAUGGGGAAUGGAACAUUGGAGUACCAGCUAAACAAGUCACAGUUGGAUUGCCGAUAUUAAUAUUGGGUGCUCCUCACAAACAAUCUCUCAACACAGAGUGCAAAGGACUCCCCAGUCCUGCAAUAGAAGGCGACAUUUAUCUGUAUGCAAAAAGUACCCAUGAGAUAUUUGAAAAGUUCUGCUUUAUUAAUUAGAGGAAUUGCGACCGCUGGAAGCAUCCAACUUCUAAG